AUGGACAGAACUGCGGUGCCAAAGUGCGGCUUAAAAUCUUGCAAACACUUAUGCGUGAGGUCAGCUAAGGAUGCUUAUGAGUGUUUAUGCCCACAAGGUUAUUAUAUGGAUAGUUGGCAAUGCAAAGUUUCGUCCGAAACCCUUUUGAUAGCCGGUGACAAGCUUCUCCCUACCGCCAAUGGCAGCACCUCAGUGUUCCUUUUCCACCCAGCAGUAGCCUACAAACCUUGGAGAAAAUUGGCUGUUGACUAUAAAAAUGAACUGUUUGAACUUUGGGUCACUCACAUGAACGGAUCCUACACCGAUCGUCUACUCAACAGUGACGACACCCUUACAGCGGUUACUGUAGACCAAACCACAGGGAACGUACUCGUUGCCGCUGAAGUAGGCCGACGAAUCGGAGAGAUUAUUCUUGUGGAUCCUAAACGCAUCAAGGAU